AUGGUCGGAUUCGAUGUUUCCCUGCUGUUUCUCAUCCUCUUGGCCUACGGCCUUCAAACUGGAGCCUUUCCGCCCAAUCACAAGGUCAACAUAAACGGCAAGUUCACAUGCCAGGGAAAGGCGCUCUUUGGACAGAAAAGAGUUGUAAGUUUUAAGUGUUCUUUUUAGUCUGAUGGCCAACGAAGUCAAGCUGAAACGAUUUUAAACGGAAUUGUCGCAAAUUUUUGCAAUUGUCGCCUCUCUAAUUUUUGCAUCUCUAGCGCGUCGAGAUUUGGGAGGUUGACACAUUCCGCGACGAUCACUUGUUCUCGGGCUGGCCCCUUGUUGAUGGAACCUACCGCUUCACCACCUCCCACAACGAGUAUGGUGGAAUAAAGCCCUAUGUUUAUAUGUAAGCAGGCUAUCUCCAUUAAAAUUACUUUACAUUCAGAUAUCACUCCUGCGGCGGACAUUGCAGAAAAAUCACGUUUGAAGUGAGUUUUAUAAUCGAAAUUUUCUCCAGCUUAAUAUUCUGCAAAUGUAAUUUAUAAUUUCCCACAGGGCGACUACAUCAACCCGGGAAGGACGUACGAACUUAAAGACAAGGGGCAGAUUGCUCAGGGAUGUGAGGAGCAAAGGUUUCCCGCGUCGUACGGGACGAAGCCCUCCAAAUAA